UUGAAAUGUUUAGAGUUCGUCAACAGAAAACCGCAAGUUGUGAACCAUUCGAGUAGCACAGAGUCGGCGAGUGAUGAUGAUGACGUGGUGACCGCACAAGUGAGUGGUAAAAGAAGGUCAGCGAGUCUACAAGAGGGAGCUCCGAUUUCCGAGAAGGACCUGAUUAACACACUUGGAAAUUUACAUGGGAAAUUGGCCACAGCACAGUUGAGGGCUCGGACAAAGAAAAUGCAGGCUGAUAUGACUGCUGAAGAGCGGAACGACGAAGCUCGUACGAAAGCCAGACAGCUUGAAUCGAUUAUGAGCCUCAUGAUGCAGAAUCAGGAAAAGUUUGGCAUCACGAGUGAAGAUGACAUUAAGGAGCAGUUGGACAUGUACAAUUUCUAG